AACUGCUCUCCAAGAUGGCGCUCAUAACAAACUGCACCACACACCUUCUGCUCCAGUUUUUACCACUCUGCUGCCUUAUAUUAGCAUGUCUAACCUCAUCUCUCGCACAGGAUGAAAUUCCUGGCAUUAAUGUUGUUUCAAAUGAUAUCCAAAAUAAAGGCAGAAUAAGAAAGCCGCCCGUAAGGCGUGGCACUGCUGGGAAUUCUCUUGAAGAUUAUUAUUUGAUGCAUGCUGGGAGAGAGAUGAUUGUGACAGGUGAUGGGAAGACUGCAUUACAUGUGUUUUGUUACAAAGGAGAGCCCAAAACUCUGACAACUUUAUUCAAAACUAUAGAGCUUAAUUUGGAUAUCAGUGGAGAUAAUUUUCACCAUUAUGAAGGACCAAACUCUUCAGUUGUUAGACAAGAGCAUCAAGAAGCGUCAUGGCUGUCCUUUUACCCAUGGCGACUACGAACAUUUAAAUUAGACAUAUACAAGGAGUCCUGCGUUGGAAUUGAGACAAAUGCUGGAUUUAAGAUAUAUCUCAGGGUACGAUGGGUUGACUUCUGGCGUGUGGUGACACUCAUCACUGCUGUUGUACUUUUCUUCACUGCUCGGCAUCUUGCAAAAAAUGUCUUCUUCCACUACACUACAGGAAUUACUAUAGGAGUUUUGGGAUCUCUUCUGAUUAUUGUAUAUAUUGUUGCAAGACUUGUUCCGAAGAAAUCUGGUGCAUUAACAUUGAUGAUUGGUGGCUGGGGCUUGACUGUCUACCUCAUCCAGUACCUGUGGCAAAAUUUUGUGUCAAUUGUGAAGGAAAAUCAUGCUGUUGCUGUUGCAAUAUUUCUAAGUAGUCAGUAUCGCGAAGCUACUCUGGGACUCAUCAUUGUAAUGAUUUAUUACAAUAUUCCUGAUAAGUGGAAAUCCAAGUUCCAUACAUAUUGGCGUCGACGGUUUCCUCCAAAAGUGACAAGGUUAACAGAAGAAGAAUAUAUCCAGCAAGGCACCAUAGAAACUCGAAAAGCUUUAGACGAUUUAAGAUCUUUCUGCCGAUCACCAAACUGUGAUGCUUGGAAAACAGUUUCAAGAUUAAGAACACCACAAAGAUUUGUGGAGUUUGUUGGGAGUCCUCAAAAGAGGCAGAGUAACACUCCGAACAGGGAGAGGUUUGCUGAAUUUGUCGAGGGAGGUUCUCACCUGGAUGAUGAGGCAAUCCUGGCAUAUGAAAGUAAUCACCUGACACCCAACCGUGAUGAAGAUGCUGACCCAUAUCUUACCACAGAUGAUGAUGAAUCCUAAGAACCUCUUGUAGCUAAUGCCAUUUAUAUUUAAUUUUGUAAAAAACUACAGUACAUGUACUGUAUGCAAAUUUAGGAUAACUUGUAGCUGAAAAAGUGAUAAAAUUUGUGGAUAGUUUUUAUUGUUCUGAAAAGGGAUUCAGAGUUAA